AGAGCUGGUUGUUACGCGUUCAUCGACGGCUCUGGGUUUCUUUUGUGUGAAGGAAGCUUUAGGAUACGAUAUUUUGACUUGUGUGAUAUCGGUACGGAGUUGCUGGACAACCGAAAACGCGUUUCUCUAUCAGCAUACAUCCCAUCAUCACAUACGUAUACAGCAAUGGCAGCACUAGCACCCCGUCCGCUACGCAUCCAGAAGUCAAAUGCUACCUUGACCGCCGCGACACGCCCCUCGACAUCCUCCUCCCAAGGCCACUCCGAGAACGACACCCUCUCGCGUCCCCGGACGUCGGACUCAUCUUUACACAGCCAUGGUGGUCCCGCACCAACCUACCUCCGCGUUUUGCACCAGUUUCAACCGCAGGACGCUGCGCAGCUAGAUACAGUCUGUUUGCCGCUCGAGGCUGGGCAGAUUGUCAUGGUGCACGCGUUACAUCCUUCGGGAUGGGCUGACGGGAGUUUGUUGUCUACGGGCGAACGCGGCUGGUUUCCGAGUAAUUAUUGCGAGCCGUAUGGGUUGAGGAUUUUGAGGCCGCUUGUUAGUGCGGUUGAGUUGGUGAAGGGGGUGUUGAGGCAGGGACAUGGGGUUGAGGGAUGGGGGAGUGCGGUUGCGUGUGUUGUGAGUGCUAUUACUACGAACUGCAUGACGCGCGAAAGCCCGCUUGUGAGGUCUUCGGAUGUUGUCAGGCGUGAACGCAAGAUCCUUCUGAGUGAUUUGAGUACGCUCAUCGCUACUGCUCGUGACGCUACCGCUGCGGACGCAGAGGUGUUGUACGAGUAUGUAGAGGAUAUUCAACAACGCGUGGAACGCAUUUCCUCGCGUGCUUCCAAGUUCAUCGAGGUCGUUGCUGGCCCGGCUGAGUUAUGGAAGUACGAGGAAGAAGAGGAUGAAGACGACAACGGCGAUUACGAGGCGGAGUUUGCGGCUGCUUCGGCGGUGCCUGCGAGGUAUAGCAUGACGCAGCCUCUCAGCAGGCCAGCGACUGCACACUCCAAUUUCAGCCGACCCACGUCGAGUUUGAGCUCGAGGCCGAUGACGGCGAAUAGCAUUAAUCGACCCAGUAGUUCUGGCUCAAAGAUGACGGGACGGAAGAGAGCGGAUUCGUCGGUUAGUGUUACGAGCACCAUCAUGUCAGAAGAUACUUCCGAGUCUGUAUUGCAGAAACUCACGAUCGCGCAUGAUUCGUUGUUGUCGCAUCUCGCCGCAUACAUCGGGCGUCUGCAUUUACAAAGUGGGUCUCCGGCUGAGUUGUUGGCGACGACCAAGACUUGUGUCGCGAGUGCGAGGAAUUUGUUGCAUGUACUUGAUGCGGUGUGUGCUCGUGCCCCGAACGCGCAACUGGAGGAUGCGAAAAACACGAUGUUCAAGAAGACGAUGAUGCUCGUUAGUGCCGCGAGAGAAGUUGUGACUGCGCAGGCUGAGGACGAGGAGGAGGGACCUGGGAUGGUGAGUGAGGAGCAAGGGAAGGAGUUGGUUAUUGUUGCGACGGAUUGCGUGAGGAGUGCGGGUGAAGUCGUUGCGCGUGCGCGAUUCGUGAUUGAGAGCAUUGAGGAGUGGAGUGAGAGGGACGAGAAUACGCCUCCCGCAAUCCGGAGUAUCGCGAGGGAUCGGAGUGAUUCGACGAUCAUGCCUGCGCAGGAUGUUAGGAGGGGGAGUGUUGGGAGUGCUGUUCGCGCUCUCGGAAUCCCUACUGUCGAGGAGGCGAGGAACGGACGGUUCGAACAGCGUCUUGCCAGCAUUUCGUCGAACACGGUCAGGAAGCACCAGAGCAAGAGCUCGAUUGCGUCUAGUACGUUUUCGUAUGGAAGCGAUGUCGCGAAUUUGCUUGAGGAGGAGGAGGAGGAGGAGGAGGAGGAGGUUGCGGAGGAUGAGGGGCCAGUUGUUAUCUCUGCUCCGUUCUUCGUGAGCAGCGCCAACCAAUCCCAGCCUCAACAACAGCCCGUGCAGCAGCAACAAGGCAAGAAGCCGAAUACGUUCUCGACGGAUAGCAGUGCGUAUACGGCUGCUAGCUUUAGGGAUAGUCUGCCGAGUCACCGGGCGAGCACCUCUACGAGUGCGACGACGCCUGAGCCCGAGAGCCCGGCUGCUGAGAAGAGGCCUGCCCAGAUUGCGUUCAAUGCCGAUGGACAGGUCACUGGGGGUACCCUCCAUGCCUUGGUCGAGCGGAUGACAAUGGCAGAGUCGACGCCUGAUGCGUUGUUCGCUGCUACCUUCUACCUCACGUUCAGGUUGUGGACUUCGCCUUUGGCUCUUGCCGAGGCUUUGAUCCAGAGGUUCAGGAUUCAGCCGCAAAUUCUUGCUACCGCGGAUUGGGAGCAGCGUGUUGCUGUUCCUAUUCGUUUGAGGGUGUACAACGUCUUCAAGGGAUGGAUGGAAGGACACUGGCGCCAGGAUCUGGACUAUGAGGCCUUGGAUGUGAUUAUGCCUUUUGCUGUUGAGGAGUUGGCGGCAAAGUUGCCUCAGGCUGGAAAGAGGUUGGAGGAGUUGUGUAGACGGGUUAGCACCGAGUAUGGUGCGCCUCCUACUCCUAGGAUCUCGAAUACGGUUGGUAAGAUCAAUGCUGUGCCUGGUGGUUUGGCGUUGGUUGAUGCUCCUGUUCCUCCACCCAUGAUCUCGAAGAGUGAGUUGGCGAGGUUGAGGACGUGGACUUCCUCGUCUGGGUAUGGGUCUGGGCCUUCUGUGCUGGAUUUCGACCCUACGGAGCUCGCGAGGCAAUUGACGCUCAAGGAGUCCAAGUUAUUCUGUGCGAUUACGCCAGAGGAGUUGGUUGGGCAGGAGUUUAGCAAGAAGAAUGGACAUUGUCCGAAUGUGAAGCAGACGACGGCGUUGUCCACUGAUCUUGCGGGAUGGGUUGCUGAAUCUAUCUUGGCGGAGGGUGAUGCGAAGAAGCGUGCUGCUAUUAUCAAGGCUUGGGUCAAGGUCGCCGAUCGUAGUGUUGGGUUGAGCAACUACAGUACUUGUAUGGCGAUCUUGUGUGCGCUCAGCUCUUCUACCAUUGCGAGGUUGAAGAAUACCUGGCAGUUGGUGUCCUCGAAGACGAAGGGUACAUUGGAUCAACUCAAGGCCAUCACGGAUCACUCGAGGAAUUACGCCGUUUACCGUGCGCGGUUGAGGGCGCAUGUUCCGCCUUGUUUGCCCUUCUUGGGUCUUUACUUGACGGACUUGACGUUCAUUCACGAGGGUAACCCGUCGACGAGGUUGUCACCGUCUGGUAACCUUGACUUGAUCAACUUUGACAAGUAUGUCAAGACGACGAAGAUCAUCAACGAGGUUCAGCGGUUCCAAAUUCCGUACAAGUUGGCGGAGGUCACAGAGCUUCAGUCAUGGAUUGAUAAGCACAUUCAGUCUGUUCGUAUGGGCAAGUCUGGCGAUCAGAUGUCUCUCUGGCGCCGCUCUUUGACGAUUGAGCCCAAGGAGGAGAAGAGGGUCAGCGCCACUUCUACCAGGAUGGAACGGGAGAGCUCACAGUUGCCGCGCGUGCAGGAGGAAGAGGAGACGCAGCCGUUCAAGUCACCGGCGGAGAAGGAUAAGAUGGAGGGAUUGUUUGCAUGGGCUACGAAAGAGUACACGAAGAUCAAGUAA